UGCCUCUUCUCGCUCAGGCAGGGAGAGAGUGGAAGUGAGGACGAAGAGGAGCCCCAGCGGGGAGGCACAAACCUCGGAUGUUUGUUUUCAUUCAGUACGGCGUAAUUUACACGACGGAUCCACCCCCACACUUAGGAAAAUAUGCGUGGUUGUUUUUGCGGUUUGUGGUUUCCCUCCUCAUUAUCCGGUUAGGAAACCCGCUCCCGACAAGCCCGUCAGGGUGCUAGUCGGACCAGCUAGCCGUUCGAUGACCGAGCGGUGGUCGUCAGCGGCGGAUCGAGGACUGCAGUUCGCUCGGUAGCAGUUUGUCUGGCGGUGAAGGUCUGUCUUCCAGGGAUGGACUCUGAUCCCGGAUCACACUACUAACGUGCCAUAUACUUAUUCUACAUGCUAACAUGUUAUGAACACACGGACUCAACUUUUGCUUCGCCGCCACAGUUAGCUCGGACAUGUGAAAUGUGUGUUUCCGUAAAUAAUAGCACGAAUGUGGAGCAGAUCUGGAGCAGCUCGACUUAAUCCCGCUUUGGUAAUAAAUCAGUGCGAUCGACCAAAUGCGUGAUGCCAGAGAAGAAGACUGUUUAUGUGCUCGACUCUUCGCCUGUCAGGUGCCAGCUGCAUAGCUGCCAGUGACCUUAGCAUUAAAACACAGUGAGUCGGCCCGCUCGGCUGUCUCCGAUCCCGGAGAGGAGAGCUCAAAGUCAGGAACCAUUAGCUGGUUGUCCGACGCUGCCUCCCGCUACCAGACCCACCUCUGUCCCCGGGCCUGUCCCCUGAUAAGCGGGUCAUAUCUCCGGAUUCACUUGCCUCCUGUGUCAUCACGUAAAAGCCAAGACUCGGUGCCGGACCGGGACAUGUCACAGGUAGACUGUGUCCACCACACGAAGCAAAGCUAGUUUAAAGGGACGCUAAUCCUCGUGGCCUUCUCUUUGAGAUUAUAACGAAAAUUAAGGAUUUUUGUCACUGGAUCCACAAUGGGAUCAGCAACCAAACUGGCCUUCAGUGUUUUCCUCAUCUCGUGCUCCUCAGGUGCCAUCCUGGGCCGCUCGGACACUCAGAAAUGCGUGGACUACAACCACAGCCCUUCGUCGUCCUCGUCCUCGCCGGAGAGCCCGUUGAACCUCAGCAGGGUGGUCACUUGCUCCGGAGAGAAAGACAAGAGACUUCACUGCUUCGCCACCUGGAAGAACGUGUCCGGAGUGGUCCAGGUGGUCAAACAGGGCUGCUGGCUGGACGACGUCAACUGUUACGACAGGAGUGAAUGUGUGGAGAAGAAAGAUGCUCCUGAAGUCUUCUUCUGCUGCUGUGAAGGAAGUUUGUGCAACGACAGGUUCUUCUACAGUCCUGACAGCAACCAGCCACAGAUACCAGCAACAAACAAGCCGGUGCCACCAAAGCCUCCCGUGCUGACCACUCUGAUGUAUUCGCUGGUUCCCAUCAUGGUUGUCACCGCUAUCGUCCUCGUGUCUUUCUGGAUGUACCGACACCACAAACUGGCCUACCCACCUGUCCUGGUGCCCACACAGGACCCCGGACCCCUGCCGCCCUCCCCCGUCCUGGGCCAGAAGCCGCUGCAGUUACUGGAGGCCAAAGCCAGGGGGCGGUUCGGCUGCGUGUGGAAGGCUCAGCUGCUCGGUGAACACGUCGCUGUGAAAAUCUUCCCCAUCCAGGACAAGCAGUCGUGGCAGAACGAGUACGAGAUCUUCAACCUGAACGGGAUGAGACAUGAAAACAUCCUGCAGUUCAUCGGAGCUGAGAAAAGAGGAAGCAACAUGGACAUGGAGCUGUGGCUCAUCACCGCCUACCACGAGAAGGGUUCUCUGACAGACUACCUGAAGGCUAACGUCCUCUCCUGGUCAGAACUCUGCGUCAUCGCACAGUCCAUGUCCCGAGGUCUCGCCUACCUGCACGAAGACAUACCUGGACACAAAGACGGACACAAACCUGCCAUCGCUCACAGGGACUUUAAGAGUAAGAACGUCCUGUUGAAGUCCAACCUGACCGCCUGCAUCGCUGACUUCGGCCUCGCCCUCAGGUUUGAGGCAGGAAAAUCUCCUGGAGACACACACGGACAGGUGGGGACCAGGAGGUACAUGGCCCCCGAGGUCCUGGAGGGGGCCAUUAACUUCCAGCGAGACGCCUUCCUGAGGAUAGACAUGUACGCUCUGGGUCUGGUUCUGUGGGAACUCGCCUCGCGCUGCAAAGCUGCUGAUGGUCCAGUGGACGAGUACAUGCUGCCGUUUGAGGAGGAGGUGGGUCAGCAUCCGUCUCUGGAGGACAUGCAGGAGGUGGUGGUCCACAAGAAGCUGAGGCCGACCCUCCGAGAGUGCUGGCAGAAACACGCCGGUCUGGCUCUGCUCUGUGAGACCGUCGAGGAAUGCUGGGAUCACGAGGCUGAAGCCCGACUGUCGGCCGGCUGCGUGGAGGAGCGCGUCGUGCAAAUGCAACGGCAGACGAGCGUCACGUCGCCCGAGGAAAUUGUCACGGUUGUUACCAUGGUAACCAACGUGGACUACCCGCCUAAAGAGUCCAGCCUUUGACGAGCCCGAGGACCAAUCGGGACGCAGCAGGGACUCCCUCUGUGAGCGUUUUCUGUCUCAGGUGGGGUCGAGCCGCUCAGGUCAUCUGGAGGACGACAUGGAAGCGUGAGCCGCUCUGAGCUCCACCCUCUGACAUCUGUUCCUGUUUUGUAUUACAAAAUAAAAGACUUUGUGCAGGGACUUCUCCUGCAGCAUUGUGAGGAUGAAAUGAGCUUGCUUUCAGUCUAAAAAGUCGGACAGACUGUUGUUCUUGUCUGAUGUGAUGCCAAUAAGAAACGGCUUCUGAAUGUCUGCUGCAAACAGAUCACAUGUGGACACGUGGACACAGACUGACAAUCAGCUGAUUCCACUCACAACAAACACGAGAACGACUUUUCUUUUCUCUCAUUGGCUGCUGAGGACACACUGAGGACGGCUGUCAGGACAUCCACCUGUUGGACUGCGUGGACGGAGCUUGUGGGCACGUUUGAAUGAGUGUGUAAGAAUCCGGAUGAGGAGAGACGUUCACUUGUGAGCUGAGCCUCCGCCCUGUUUGUUUGUUUGUUUGUUUGUUUGUUUGUGUCUGGCGGUCAGAUGGAAACACACCCUGCACACUCUGUACAUAUGAAUGUUGUUCCAGAUUGUGAUUUUAGCAUGACUUUGUUUUUUAUGGACACAAAAUCCUUUUUAAUGUUGAUAUGAGAAAGAUUUUCUAUGACGACGUACAAACGAGAAACAAUCAAUUAAUUUAUGUUCAAAAGUCAGAACACUAACUUCAUGCAGAUGAAAGUGUGUGUGUGUGUGUGUGUGCGUGCGUGCGUGUGUGUGUGUGUGUGUGUUAGAUACCUCAGACUGGUGCUCACCUCAUCAUGACAUCAUCAUGACCUCCUCUUCGUCCUCCGGCGUUGAUCGGGGUGACAACACAAACUUCUUCCUGUUUCCUGUUUGUCAAAUCUACAGAAGCUCAGAGGGACAAAAGCAGCCGCAGGACGCUUCCUGUGAGAAUCUGUUCAGUUUGGUCCGUUUGAUGUCCUUCAUUCAGUGUGAGUAAAUCAGUGACGCAUGAAUGUUGAAGACUUUCAGAACCGUUUCCGUGGUGAUGAUGAUGAUGAUGAUGCCGUCCAGCCGUUAAGCCGACGCUUGCAGCGAACAUCACGGAAACGAGUGGACAUCAGCAGCACGAGGUUCUGAUGCGAAAAGAGCUCUUUUCUGUUCAAUAUGACAACAUUCACGUUUUAAUUUCCUUGAAUAUUCUCAGCCACACGACGGUGCGUUCACUGACUGUCUGCAGUUUAUUUUCUCAGUAUUUAACGUUCUGAGGGCCUCUGUGGGGUGUGAUUGUUGAAUGUUGUUUCCCCUGAAAUAAAGUUCAGUGAAUGCUG